UCCCCCCUUUUCUUUCCCCCAUUUUGUUUCUCACGAUCUCAAAUCCCUAAUCCCCAAUCCCCUAAACAAAAAAUCCUCAAAUUAAACCCUAACAGCUCUAAACAUCUCAUCGUAUUCACAGAUUGAUAACCAACAUUUGUCUCACCUCUUGCUCCUUCACCACGCCGAUUGCCAUCGCCGUCACCUCUAGUAGCCUUGCCAGUCGUCGCCGCCACUAGUAGCCUUGCCGGUCCCCGCCUCAUCUUCUCCGCUCGCGGAUUUGGUACGUGCUUUCUCUCUGCUCUCUUUCUACUGUCUCAUUCCCUUAUUCUCUGUUUUGGGUUUCUUUGUAGUGUUUUUUGACGAAAUGGGUCUUUAGAUUUGGACCUUUUGCUUCUUGAUUUGGUGUUUCUUUGUUUUCUAGGGCUGGAAAGAGAAGAUGUAUAUUUUUUCCCUUGUAUUGAACACAUGGUUUUUAAAUGAUUUUCAAUCUAAUUAAAAUUUGAGUUUUGUAAUGAAUUUUGAAGAGAUAUAUUCAAAUCUGAGUUUUGAAAAUUGUUGUAAUUUUUUUUUUUCAAAUAUGAGUUUUUUUUUUUACUCUCCAUUUUUCUAGAAAAAAAAAAAUGCUCUGCUUAUAUAUGUGUUUUAAGACCCACCUUCAACAAUGAAACCAAGACCAUCUCUGCAAAAUGAAAUUUCUCAACAGGCUGUCGCAAAUGUGGAAAGAGCAAUCAUAAAAGCAAUGAAAAAGCAAUACAGUGAUAUCUUGACUCCAUUGAAAGAUAGCAUUCCAAAAAGGCUUGGUAUGCAAGUUCAUAAACUAACAGGAAGACAAUCAACUGCUCUUUACUCUGUUCCUAGUCAAUUGGGAACUUUUUUGAACACCAUUAAGAGGAUUCUUGAUGUUUUACACUGCAAGGUUGAGGACAUUUUGAAGUCUUGGGCAUCCUAUCUACCUGUCAUUGAAGAUAAGAAGUCGCUUUUUGGAAAGCAGAUGAACGGAAUAACUGUCCUGUUGAGAACAAAAUACAAAAAUUACAUACAGGCAACAGUAGUGAAGCUCGUCAACAAUGUAAGCAGCACUACCAUCCCUCUGAGAACUUUUUUUUUUGGUUUAACAGCAUGUGACAACCAUGAUGUUCAAUUUGAGGUCAUAAUCCUGCAAGCCACCACUUAAAAAGGAAUAGAUAAAAUUAACAUGGAUGAGGGGAGAUUAUUUUUUGGAAACUUUAUACUAAAUUCAACUUGCUUACUUAACUAUCUUUGUAAUUGUAUAGUAGUAAUUUUUACGUUUUUUUUUUUGUAAUUAACAUAUUAACACAUAAUUAUAUUGUCAUUAAUUAUAUUUAUUUUUUGUUUUAAGAUAUUUCCUGAGUAGAAGUUUGCUUCUUGUGGAAUGUAUGUCUGUAAAGAAUGCGACUAAUUUUUAUUUUUUUAACCCACGGAGAAUGAUGAGCAAAACUUGGUUU